AUGCGUCUCUUCAGACUGCUGGCGUUGACAGCGCUUUCCCUGACCGCCGCCGUCUCCGCGAAAAAGGCUGCCACCACCAGCAAAUUUGACACCUACUUCGCCAAACAGGCCUCCUCCGGACCUUUCGAACUCGACGAGAAAAGCUACAAUGAAUUGACAGCCUCACCGCGGGACUACUCCCUUGCUGUGCUGCUUACUGCCCGAGACGCUAAAUAUGCAUGUGGGAUUUGUCGAGACUUCGAUCCCGAAUGGAGCAUUUUGGGGAGAAGCUGGCAGAAGGGCGAUCGUAACGGGGACAAGCGGGUGCUUCUGAGCACGCUUGAUUUCGACCAGGGGAGGAACGUUUUCAUGAAGCUCCAACUCCAAACCGCCCCUGUCCUCCUCUUCUUCCCUCCCACAGUCGGCGAGCACGCCAAACCUGAAGGGCAACCCCUCCGACUCGACUUUCUCAGUCCGCAAACGGCUGAAGGCGUCUACGGCUGGCUCCUGCGACAUCUUCCUGCCGGCGAUUAUCCUCACAUUGUCCGACCCGUCAACUAUGCAAGAAUUGGCGCCUUUCUCACCAUAGCCUUGGGCCUGUUUACAUUCAUUACCGUUGCAUAUCCCUAUCUGAUGCCAAUUAUUCAGAACCGCAACCUCUGGGCGGGCAUCAGUCUGAUCAUGAUCUUGCUCUUCACUAGUGGACAUAUGUUCAAUCAUAUCCGCAGGGUACCGUAUGUCGCUGGAAAUGGACGAGGUGGAAUCAGUUACUUUGCUGGCGGAUUUCAGAAUCAGUAUGGGAUGGAGACACAGAUUGUGGCUGCAAUGUAUGCACUUCUUGCCUUUGCAACGAUCAAUCUAGCUCUGCGAGUGCCGCGGAUCAAGGACCCUAAGACCCAGCAAGCAGCAGUCAUCAUCUGGGCCGCGGUUCUUUUCGGGAUGUAUAGCUUCUUGAUGAGUGUCUUUCGGGUCAAGAACGGUGGCUAUCCUUUCUGGCUGCCACCAUUCUGA